CUUAUGGAGAUGUUUUCAAGGAAUGGCUAGAAGAGGGAGUAAUUGAAGAGGCUGAUAAAAAUUAUCAAGGGCAAGUUCUUUACCUUCCUCAUCGAGAAGUUAUCAAAAAGAAUAGCACUACAAAACUCCGACCGGUAUUUGAUGCUUCGGCCAAAGUAAAGGGAUUUCCUAGUCUUAAUGACUGCUUAGAAAAAGGCCCAAAUCUAAUAGAACAGCUUCCGAGUAUUUUAACACGCUUUCGAAAAGAAAAGAUUGGUGUUAUUGCUGAUAUACGAAGAGCCUUUCUUCAAAUAAGUGUUUCACCUACUGAUAGAGACUUUUUGCGGUUCUUAUGGCUUGAUAGUGAUGGUCAACUGAAAGUGUACAGGCACUGCCGUGUAGUUUUUGGUGUAGCAAGUAGCCCUUUUCUUCUAAACUCUACUAUUCAGCUUCACCUACAAACUGUUUUAGAGAAAAUAGAAACCGGUGAAUCCUUAUAUACGAAAGGUGUCAUUCAAAAAUUAUGCAUAGUUUUUAUGUUGACAAUGUGUCAGUUGUGUAAAAAAAUGAAGAAGAACUCAAUCAUUUUAUUAGUGUAUCAACUGAGGUAA